UCUAUGGUCUACUUUAGUCUAUGUUGUAGCGUCGGUCGUUCUAGGCUGUAUAUGUGGUGUGAGAUGGGGCGAAUCCUGCCUCACUGAAUGGUUAUUAUUCAAAAUCCGAAGGAGACAGUACGAGUAAUCAUCACAAUACACACGAAAAUAAUAGCAAGCUGGCUUUUACGCUGGGGAACGGGAAACGGAAAGGAAACCGUAUAGUGUGUAUUUGUGACGGACACAGUAGCGAGCUUGUUAGCUAGCUAACAUUAGCCCUGUCAUUAGUUAAGGUAACUUACCUGUUUAAUUUAACGAUGGUUUUAAUGAUGGAGUCUCAGUGCGAGUAUUUUAUGUAUUUCCCUGCUGUUCCCAUUUCGGACUUGUCAGACCCAGCAAGAUAUCGGACCCUUCCACGUCGCAGUCAUCUUUACCUGGGCGAGACUGUACGUUUCUUGCUUGUUCUGCGCUGCCGAGAUGCAGCGGGAAGUGGGGGAGCAGGUACCGGCGGGUCUGAAUGCACCAGCAGCCGGGCUUGGAGAGAACUCGCUGGUUCUUUGUGUGCUGUGGCCAGUGUCAGCCCUGGUGAAAGCAGACAACGAACUCAGCCCCAUCACGACUACCAGAGCAGCGGGGAUGAGGGUAACGAGGAGGCCGACGAGGAAGACACUGCUGCGGGUUGUACCGGCAGAUGGGACGCGAGAAACCGGGGCUUCAGGGACUGCAAGCCGCUCCUUAUACAUAACAACACAGGCAGCGGCGGGCGAGAGUAUCGAAGGGCUCCGUUGCAGUCUCCCCUGGAUGAGCCGGUGGUGCUGACAGAUGAGGUCAUCUUCCCCUUGACCGUCUCUCUCGACAAGCUCCCUGUCGGCACCCUCAAGGUUAAGAUCAUUGUCACGGUAUGGAAGCAGGAUGUGGAGAAGGCAGAGGUUCGGGAGCAUGGCUACCUCACCAUUCUUCAGCAACGUAGCCCCACCCACACCUUCCGCCAUGACCUGAACUCGUUCAAGGCCCAGGUCAGUACCACGUUGACUGUUCUUCCACCCCCUAGUGUGAAGUGUCAACAGAUGACUGUAUCGGGAAAGCACCUAACUGUCCUGAAAGUGUUAAACGGGUGUUCUCAGGAAGAGGUGUGCAUUCGAGAUGUGCGGAUUCUGCCGAACUUCAAUGCAUCGUACCUUCCCAUGAUGCCUGAUGGCUCUGUGCUGCUGGUUGACAACGUGUGCCACCAAUCAGGGGAGGUUGCAAUGGCAUCCUUUUACCGGAUGGACAGUCUUUCCUGCCGCCUUCCCAGCAUGCUCAGUGCUCUGGAGGAGCAUAACUUCCUUUUCCAGCUGCAGCUCAGUGAUCAGCCCCAGGAUGACACAAAGGAGGGUCUGGAGGUGCCUCUGGUGGCAGUGCUUCAGUGGUCCACACCCAAACUGCCCUUCACCAACUGCAUUUACACUCAUUACAGGUUGCCCAGCGUGAGGCUGGAUCGGCCGCGGUUCGUGAUGACCGCAAGUUGCCCGAGUGCAGUGAAAGCACGGGAGCACUUCCGAGUCCGGUACACGCUGCUCAACAACCUGCAGGACUUCCUGGCCGUGCGUCUGGUCUGGACCCCUGAGGGCCGGGGGCAGUCUGAGGACCAGUCCGUGAACGCUGUGGUGUGUCACUCCCCGCUCAGUAACCUCGGCCACUGCCGCAAGGGCAGCACUCUCUCCUUCACCGUGGCCUUCCAGAUCCUGCGGGCGGGGCUCUUCGAGCUUAGUCAGCACAUGAAGCUGAAGCUGCAGUUCACUGCCUCCGUGUCCAACCCCCCGCCGGAGGCCCGACCCCUGUCCCGCAAGAACAGUCCCUCCAGCCCGGCCGUGCGCGACCUGCUGGACCGCCACCAGGCCAGCCUGGGCCGCUCCCAGUCCUUCUCCCACCAGCAGCCCUCCCGGUCCCACCUGAUGAGGACAGGCAGUGUUAUGGAGCGCCGCGCUAUCACCCCUCCCGUGGGCUCCCCCAUCGGCCGGCCUCUGUACCACCCCCCGGAGAAGGCCGUCCUCUCCCUGGACAAAAUAGCCAAGAGGGAGUGCAAAGUACUGGUGCUGGAGCCUGCCAGUUAAAGGGCAGGGGCCUGAGGAGUUACAGGAACACCACGAAAGACUGUAGUGACCUAAAGAUAGAAAACAGGACUCACAGGCUGACUGACAGUAAUAGAGUGAAUGGAGGUUGCAGGGACGUAAAUAUAGAGACUGUGAUGACUGCUUGGCUUAUAAAGCAUGGAACCAAUAGGCUCACAGAAAAGCUUGUAUUAUUUAAGACACACAAAUGUGCAUGUCUGCAAAACGGACAUAACACAUUCAAGAUUCAAACUCAGUCGACCUGCCACACGAACGCCUUUUCGCCAUUGCGUAGCCUGCGGCUUGCGCAGAAUGCUCGAGCUGGAGGACACGGUCAGUCUAAGUUGCAGCCACACCAUUUCAGACUUUCUGUGUCUUUUUCAGGUGGAAAAUUGGAAACCGUUGUUAUUUGAAUUUGUUUCAGUCUAGAUGGAGGUGUUGAAUGCAUCAGGAGAUGUCACAGGGUCACCUUGUCUACUGCUCUCUCAUAUUUACAUACAGGCGUAGAAUGACUGCUAAAUAAAUAGGUUGGAGGUUAGGUGGAGUUUAAGAGAAUGGCAGCAGAUUAAUGUAAUGUUAAACUAUGUUUGUUCCUAUUCAUUGCAAGGGUACUCUUUAUCAGUACAAUGUUCUCACUUGAUUUUGUCCUGCACAUUCACACUCAUUCAACCAGGCAUAUUAUGUACACAGUAGCUGUAGGAGAAAUGAUAGUAUUAUUAGGAGAAGUAUUAGUAGUAGUAGUCAUAAACAAGUUGAACUUUGCUGUGCAUUCUGAUGCUGUAUAAAAAAUCCAGAGUCACACCUUUAGCUACUGUAAGGAUGGUGGACUGUGCGCGUGGGCGUGCGUGUAUGUGAGCGCUUGUGUGUUUGUACGUCGUGGUGGGGCUGACUGGCAGAUUCCAUUUGUGUAUGUUAUGUCUGAUCUUUUGAGCCAAUUUUAAUGUAUAAACUUGAUUUCACUGGGAUUUUGGGUCUAUGCUGAAAGUAUUUAUUUUUAGUUGUAUUUAUUUUAUUGCACUUGUCGCAUAAAACUGUCAUAUGGUGAUACCAUCUCAGGUUUGUUUCUCAGGAGGAUGCUCUACCCUUAUAACCAUUCCACUCUAUCUCAUCAUUUCCACGGCAGUUUCUUCAUGUUGCAAGCCUUUUCAGCUGCUUGCUUGUAAGUCGUUCUCGCUGUGAGCGUGAAAGUGUCUCUUUCAGGCUUGCAUUCAUCAGUGCUUUAUUUUAUCAGAGAUCUUUUCUCAGAUUGUCCAAGGUCAGGGUGUUUUAUUUCAGCCAUGACGGAUGGUGGUACUUCCUGCUGAUAAACAGCUGUAUUUAUUACACUGUUAGAUUUCAAACAGUUUUACACUCCGUAAUCUAUACAAUUCCCUGUUGCUGUGUCUUUUUCAUGGUCAUAUUGUGUUCCCUUAUAUCUGUGGUUAUUUUCUGUUAAUGUGCAUUCAUUGCACUGUUGAAAUGUUUACAUGUGUUUGGGAGAUGUUGUAUUGCUGGUAACAGUGAGCAGUGGCAGCCUCUGUGUGUGUGUGUGUGGGUGUGUGUGUGGGGGUGUGUGUGUGUUUGCAUUUGCAUUAUGCAACUGAAUCACCUGUGGCAAGUGUGCCUUUAUUCUGAGUUGAGUAAGGGCCCGUACAUAAAUAAUGGAGGCCUCUGCUUGGGUUAUUGAAAGGCCAUUGAGUGUUGAGGGGUUCGCCCUAUCAUUCAAAGUAUAAUUUCACAAAAGUGUAAUAAUUCCCUUUCUGUUCAAAGGUGUGCCUUUGUUUCUGUUCAAAGGUGUGCCUUUUUUUAAUUACGUUUUUUGCUGUUGUGAAACUGUUUUUUUGUUUUGCUGCUUAAAUGUAUGAUAUAAUUGUAUUGUUGUUCUGGUCUGACUGUAUUAUUGUCUGGGACUGGAGCAGAGAAAGGCAUGCUGACAUGUGAGGUACAGUUUGGUCUGUGGGCUUUCUGUGCCUCUUCUGCUGCAUCCUUUGUAAGAGGCAGCUCAGCACAUUGAAAAAAAACUUUGAAAUCCCUUUUUACUGAAAGGGUUCUCAAGGCAUCAGUUAUUCUUUUUAGUGGCUUCUGCUUUGGCAUUUUUAAUUUAAAUUUUUUUAAUCUGCCUCUUUGACUGACUGGUUUGAUAUGUAAUAUAUUUUGACACCGCAGAAAAUAGAUUUUUCUUUUUUUACCUGAAAUUAGUUCAUUUUAACAAUCAUUUUUUAUUUUAUUAAUGCACUUUACUUGAAUUUUAAAUUAUUGUUUCUGGAAAACAUUCAUUGUCUCAAAUGCUGUAUUUUUGUUUACCUUUGCUGGCUGGUGUCAUUUUAAAAGGAAACUGGAAUCGAACAACAUUGUUCAAAUGUGUAGAAUCUGUGUUAUUUUGCUGAAUGGUUGCUGCAUCUGAACAACUUAAAUAAAUGCAAUCAUUUGGGAGCGUGACUCAA